ACAAAAUGGAGACCUUUCAAGAAAACAAUACUAUAAACUUAAUCUGAAAGUUGCCACAAGCAUUUUAAACUGUCAGUCAUGUUGAUUUAUCUAUCAGAAAAUCUGUAGGAUGUUAUUGUUGUGUGGGAUAAUGAAAUGCUGUUGAUAUUAAAUGCAUAGUGGGACAAAAUUAUAAAUGAAAGGAACAGAUGUUUUCGAUAUAACAUAUGACUCACUUGUCGAUCGAUCAUAUCCACUGACUACAAAUCUCUGAAAUAUAAUAUUUUGAGAAAAUAGGAACUAAGCACUCGACUGGCCACUUAUGUGGAUUAUAUAAAGCUUGAAAUUUAGACGAAAAAUGGCUGGAUCUCUUGUGGUUUUCGUUAAUUCGCUCACUUUUGUGUUACUUUUCCAAGGAAUGGGCAGCUUCUCUGUAGUUUAUGCAUUUGACAGGCACGAAUUGAACAGUAACGACAAUCCUGCUGCUUUAUCAGACGAGGAAUUAAAACAUUUCAAUCAUUUAGGCAAGCUUGGAGAGCAAGGGAAAAUAAUACAUGGAGAAAUAGAUGAACUGGAUUAUUUCCCAAAUGGAAAGGACUUUUACGAGCAUUUUGUCCGCAAGCGUUUGCCACUUGUUAUCAGAGGGGCUGCAAGACAAUGGCCUGCUUUUGAAUAUUGGAAAAACGAAACCUAUAUGAGGUCGAAAUAUGGUGAUGUUUUAUUUGAAGUCGACUUCACCAAAACGUACGAACGCAAGCCCCCAAUAAAGAAGACAAUAACUUUAAACAAAUUUUUUGAUAUUUAUAAAACUCAAGAAGUCUAUUUGGAUAGUGCAUUUCCACAAAGUAAUUUAACAAAAUAUAUUUCUGUGCCAUUUUGUUUACAAUGUGAAGAAAUAAUGUCGAGAAUAUCCAGUGUUCAUUUGUUAUACAGUAACGGCGGGACGAGUUAUGUACUUCACCAAGACGGAUACGAAAAUAUAUUGACGGUUUUGUCGGGGAGGAAGGUCUUAUUGAUCGCGAAUUCAUCGUAUAGUUCAAGGCUUCAUUCAGACGAGUAUGUGACGGUCCCUGGGUUGUCCCCUAUUGAUCCAGAGAAAGUGGACCUCGUUAAGUACCCUGGACUUGCUGGAGUGUCUUUUCAUGAGGUGAGGGGAGGGGGAUUAGGGGUUAUGUGGGGAAAAAUGCUUGGCAUACACAAGGAAAUGUUCAAUGCUAAUGCACACCUACUGACCUGAUUAGUGUGUUUGACACUAGCUGACAACUGGAAAGUUUGUCUCCAAUUGCUCGGCUGGGAAAGUUUGUCUCCGAUUGCUCGGCUGCCAGCCGGCACAGAAUAAGGCACACAGAAGGGCCACUUACGUCGGAAGCUUUGAAGUUUAUGUCACCCUGGCCGCCAUCUUCCUAGCCAGUCGAUUACAUUUUCUGGCCAAUAAACGCGCUGUAUUGGCUGAAGGCCCCGCCUUCUGGCCAGUCAACUGCAUGUUUUUGCAUAGAAAAAUGGCGACACGUUGCACCGCUGAGUGGCCCUUCUGGUACUGAUCGUUAUUCUGUGCAGCCGGGCUGCACUAUAAUUUAAAAAAUUAUUUGAAUUGAGUGUCAUCAAUUUUACAUUGGCCCAUAUAGAAUAUAAAGACUUACAAGCACUUGCCAUUGUCCUAGCCAGAGGAGAGGCUGUCUCUAGGAGAGGCUGUCUCUUGAAAACAUUAAAUAUGGUGGCUUCCAAUAGACUGCUUUGAAAACUUGGUAAACACUGGAGAAACAUUCCUCUUUAAUAACACCUUGUACAGCAAUUCUGAAGCAUUUUUUUACCCCUAGGAAUCUUAGGUUAGGGUGCACUGCAUGCAUGCCAUACUAGUGCUUGGAUGUUUGCGUACGUACGUCCUCCCGAACAAAUGCACUGUAGCUUCUAAGAUAUCAUCUGGAGCAUUUGCUGUUUUUAGGUUGUACUAGAAGCAGGUGAUGCUUUGUAUAAUCCUCAGUUAUGGUGGCAUCAAGUGAGAUCUUACGAUUCUCCCAAUAUUGGGAUCAGUUUAUGGUUUGCACAGUUUACAACUGAAUACAAUGACUCAACUAUAGAUAUUGUAAGUACAGUCAUAUUAUAUUGUAUUGCUUCAAUUAACCCAUUGAGCACCAGUGCUCUUCCCUUCAUGAGUAAAAUCAUCUGGUUUACAUUAAGUUGAGUAAAAAAAUUACAAAUUGGUACUGGCUGUGCUUUGCAGCUCAAAUCUCCAGCUGCAUUGCUGCAAAAAUUGCAAUACAACUCAAUGGGUUAACUCUGUAAGUGGCAAUGCACCUUGACCUAGUACUCUGUCAAAUGCCAGAUGAUUUUACUCAUCAAGGGGUAGUGCUGUCACUCAAUGAGUUACCAGAUGUAUAGUACAAGACAGGGCAUGAUAGUACAGGACAAUACUGGUGCAUAGUAUUAGGGACCGGUCAUUAUUUUUUUUUUGGGGGGGGGGAGAUGGCACCAAAGAAAAUUGUUUUUCUUGGUAAACAUUUUGCUAAUCCAACCAUUAAAAAGUCAAUUAUUUUUUUACCCAACCUCAAAUAUCAAUUAAAAAAUAAAUACCCACCACCCCUGGCCAAAACCGUUACCAAAGAAUACCAUUCAGUUGUUGCACAUGUCCUUUACUACUUCUGUGACAUGAGUUUGAUAACUGUUUGUGCAAUUUUCUGCAGUCUAAAGUUUCAUGUUGUCUGCAAGUAUGCUCUCUUUGGGGACACAAAGGGACACAUUUGCCUCAAGAUUGACAAAUCGGAAAAUGAUCAAAAUAGUGUGACUCUGAUUGAUUUACAUAUUGAAUGACUGUUGACAUUGCUUUUUAGUCUUCAAUAUGUCAUUGGAAAUGACAACAAAGUUUUGUUUUUCAUUUACCCAACCUUUUACUCACUCAGAAUUUUGUUUACCCAACACUUUUCUCUUUGGUGUCACCCCCAUAAAUAAUGACCACGCCCUUAUUGUACAGUGCAUCACACUAUAAUGUAUACAUCAUUAUUAUAAUUAUUAUCAUCGUCAUUAUUAUUAUUUAGUAAAUAAAUACAUUGUACAAUACUUUUAGAAAAUGGAAGAGGUUGCCAAACAAGCGGAAUUAUUUGAAGAAUCUGUUAAGAGCUUUCCAGAAACUAUUGCAUGUCGGAGUCAGAAUCUGCCGCUGGGGAAAUUUUAUUGGCCCGAUGAUAACAACUGGAAUACGCCAUCUUUGGAGAAAUAUAAAAUGGGCAUGAAGAAACUUAAAAUGCUUUCAGGAUGAGAG